AUGAUGACCAUGAAGGAGGAGGAGUUGGAAACCAUGAAGGUGGAGGUGGUGACCAUGAAGGAGAAGGAGGAGGUGGUGGUGGUGGUGGAGGUGGAGGUGGAGGUGGUGGUGGAGGUGGAGGAGGAGGAGGUGGUGGUGACCAUGAAGGAGGAGGAGGAGGAGGUGGUGGUGGUGGUGACCAUGAAGGAGGAGGAGGUGGUGGUGACGACCAAGGAUCGGAGGGUGGAGGCGGUGACGGCGGCGGGGGAGACUUAUAAUAAGCAUGUGGAGGAGGCGGCGGCCAUGAUUCGUGCGAGUAAGGAGCGGGAGGUUUGUACUCAUCACGGUGUUGAUGACCAUCUCCGGCGACAUCGGUGA